ACACCUUGUGAUUAUAUAUGGCAGUGUUUCUCAUCCUUUUUUCAGUCAAGGCACCCUUUAAAAUUAUGGACAGUUCCGAGGCACCCUUUAAAAUUAUGGACAGUUCCGAGGCACCCUUUAAAAAUUAUGGACAGUUCCGAGGAACCCUUUAAAAUUAUGGACAGUUCCGAGGCACCCUUUAAAAUUAUGAACAGUUCCGAGGCACCCUUUAAAAUUAUGGACAGUUCCGAGGCACCCUUUAAAAUUAUGGACAGUUCCGAGGCACCCUUUCAAAUUAUGGACAGUCAUGAGGCACCCUUUAAAAUUAUGGACAGUCUUGAGGCACCCCAUUCUAAAAUGGGGUGCCUCUAGGCACCCCAUUCUAAUA